CAUAUCCAAUCCAUUUUGCGCAUAAACAAACUCUAUUCUUGUUUUCACAGAAAACCCUCCAUCAAAAAAACCUGUUCUUCAAGAGUCUGUAUUAAAAACCCCAAGAAAUAUUUGUUCUUGAUCAUCUUUACUAUUUUAAUAAAUGGUGUAUCUACCGAUGAAGAGAUCCAACGAAGCUGAGUUAGACACAGCCAUAAGCAACAUGGCUAAUUGCUUGAUGAUGCUUUCAAGGGGUUCAAAUCCAAUAAGCAACGAGCCAUAUCAUGACACCAACUCACCUAGCCGAGUCUUUGAGUGCAAGACAUGUAAUCGUCAGUUCCCUUCUUUCCAAGCACUAGGUGGUCAUAGAGCGAGUCACAAGAAGCCUCGACUCAGUACUGAUGGCGAGUUGACACAUGGCACCAACUUGGUUCCUGUUAAGCCCAAAACACAUGAGUGUUCGAUAUGUGGAUUAGAGUUCGCUAUAGGGCAAGCUUUGGGUGGACAUAUGAGAAGGCAUAGAGCAAACACAACCAAUGAGAACAAGUCGUUUCCAUCGUCUGAUUCUCCUACAACAGUCGUGAAAAAAGUUAACAGUAGAAGGGUUUUUAGUUUGGAUUUGAACUUAACGCCUUUAGAAAAUGAUUUAGAAUUUCGGUUUGGGAAGGGGGUUCCAACUACAAUCGAAUUAUUUUUACGAUGA